GUGAGGCGGGGGCGGGGCCCGCGCGCGCCUGCAGGGGCGGGGCCGCUCCGCGCCCGCCCCGCGCGUCCCACCCGGGAUUUAAAGAGCGGAUCGCAGCUUCCCUCCGGUAAUCAGCCCGUACCUACCGCCACGUAGUCAUUGCUUGGCUCCGAGUCACCCUGGGCGGGGCUCACGGAGCGGGACGCUUCGGAUGGAGUGCUUGGCAGAGCUCUGGGGAGCAGCGCAGAUCCAGGUCCCGCCGCCUCCUGCGCUAGUCUUUCCGUCCACGAAAUGAAGUAUCUCUCCCCACCCCAGCUGAGGUUUGCUGUAAACUGCCUGCCGUAGCUAUAAUGACACCAGCCCUCAGAGAGGCAACAACAAAAGGUCAUGGUAUCCACUUGUCACCUUCUUUGUCCUCUAGAGCUAUGGAGUCUGAUACAACUUUGUGCAUGGAAAAUUCCAGAGCAGUGGAAGAGAAGAUAAAAGAGGACUCCAUCGCACAGAUUACUUGCUCAGUCCUGGGGUUCCCCACUGCUGAGCCCACCCUCAGGAAUGAUAUCUUCAGUGUGCAGCAUUUUGGUUCCCCACCAUCCUCCAAGUGCUAUCAGUCUGUCUUGUUGAUGAGUACAAAUUCUGCAUUUAACAACAAAACUGGUAAGCAAACAAAAGCAGGAGAGCCUGGCUGCUCCAAGAUGAGAAGGUCAUUACCUAAUGGUGCUGACACAUCAUUUGGUCAUAUUGGUCAUUCAGAACCUGAGCAACAGGUCAAAGGGGCAGCGUUUUUAGAGACCACGACUCCAAACUUAGCAGGAAUGCAGAGACUUUCAGGUUCAAGCGUAACUGAAUCCAGUAAUGCAGAAGAUAUGCAACUUUUAAAUGGUAAAUGGUACAAGAAGAAUGGGGUUUUGGGUAGGGCUUUGGAAGUCUGCACUGAAACAAUAAAAGGGGAUUUAUUGCACCAAAUUCUUCACGGGCCUUCAGAAGGGAUUUUGAGCUGCACCCAGGAGGAGGUGUAUGCUCGCUUACUCCAGUGUGUCACUAAGCAACAAAUGGAAAUCAGUCGAGCCAAAAGAACUCAGAAGCGUUUACAAAUGCUCCUGGCAAAGCAUGUUAUCAAACACUGUGAUCAGCAGCUGAAAUGCUUUGUGAAACAUCAGCUUCAGAGGAUGAAGGUUUUCCAUGAGCCAGCUAGAUUUUUGAGCAAUAGCUCCCUCAGAUGCACUGAAGGUUGGCCAGAAACCAGCACAACUCCUUCGGAGAGUAGUUUGAGUGUGGAUGUACAGAACGGAGUUAGCGUUGCACCAGGUGAAAUCCGUGGCUUUGCACUUUCUACUGGAGGGCUGCUGUCUCGAGUGGAGAAGGACCUGGACUCUGAUGCAACAUGUAGCAGCUCGGAUGAAGAUGGUGAGGAGCAGACUGUAAGAACAACUGUGGAAGCCAGCUAUACUUCUGAAUGGAAGUGGCUUGCAGACAGAGCUAGAAUUGGCAGCCGUUGGACAUGGCUUCAAGCCCAGAUUUCAGAACUAGAAUACAAAAUCCAACAACUAACUGACCUUCACAGGCAAAUACGUGCCACCAAGGGGAUGGUGGUCUUAGAAGAAUUCCCAUUUCCAAAAGACAUUUUGAAGAAGCAGAUACAAUUGACAGACCAAGAAGCUUUAUUAAACGCCACAGGGAAUUCGCAAGCUGCCAUUGAGAGACAGGAUUCUUUGCCGGAGCACGACUUUGAAAUGUCACCCAGCAGUCCUACUCUGCUGUUAAGAAACAUAGAAAAACAGAGUGCUCAACUAAGUGAAAUCAUCAGCAGCCUAAUUGCUCCACUCAAUCUGUCUCCAGCCUCUUCAUCUCUUUCAUCCAAGACCUGUAGACACAGACAGCUGGUCAAUGGCAUCUCCUUCAGAGCUUCAGACAAUAGAGAAGUAUCCUCUUCAAGCAGCUGGCUGCUUGACCAUCAGCACAUCAAGAAAAGAAGAAGAGAAAGGACAAGACUCAGAUCUGUCUCUGUGAAUAAUGUGAGCACAUCUGCCCGAACAAGGCCACUUCACAGUUUCCAGAAGAGGAAACUCUACAGAAUGCACAGUGCCUGUCACUGGAAUCAGCAGACCUUCCCAUCUAGAGAUGCCUCCUUUCCAUAUAAAACUCAGUUGCCAUGUGUGGUGCCAGCCUCCACUUACAGCAGCAGUGAGUACAGCACAGAAUCUAAAAUCCUAGAUUAUGUGCAAGAGCUGGACUCUUCCUUCCAUCCAGUCUUGUCAUUUCCUUCAGAUAUUCCUCUUCACAUAUACUUUGAAACAUUAUUGAGGAGGGAUGACAUCAAAGGAGAACCUGCUGAUACCUCAUCUUUAGGAGGGGAGAUUAAAGUAUCUGCUGACAAUGACUAUUAUCCACAUGUUUCUGUCAAACAGUGGAGCAGUGGCUGUUUGUCUAAUUCCAAAUCUCAGUUGGUGUUAGGAACACCUGACCAGCUGUCAGAAGGAAGAAAGAAAAGGCAUUUAAGUGAGACAGCAGUAGGCGAAAGUAGCUCUCAGUUUGAGACAUUCUCCUUCCAACAUGCAGAGCCUGAGUCCCACAACAGCUUUACUCCCACGAGCAGUGGCAGUGCCAUGUCUCGGCCCACCCACAGCACUUCAUCACAGCAUAACUCCAGGAGGAGAUUGAGAAGUGAGAGCUCCUAUGAUAUAGACAACAUUGUUAUUCCCAUGUCACUGGUGGCACCAUCAAAGUUGGAGAAACUACAGUACAAAGAAAUCCUUACUCCAAGCUGGAGAGUUGUUGAACUUCAACCUUUAGAAAAAUCUCAAACAGAUGAAGAAGAGGCAGAAGACCUGUCAGACAAAGCUUUUUCCUUGCGCCACGCCAAGUACGAAGAACGAGAGCGUGCGAGGUGGUCGCUGUGGGAGCAGAGCCACUGGCCCAGGAGGAACAGCAGGUCUUACAGCAAAAAUGCUGAUGGUCGACACAGCCAGGACUCAGUGCAGAAGGAUCAUUGCACUGCUGACCCUGCUUCUGACCCAGCUUCAGAAACACACAGCUCUGUUUGUGCAGGGAUGGCACCACUCUGCAGGGAGAGCCAGGAAGAGAAGUCUGGGCUGUGGGAACUUCGAGUUUUUCCACUAAAAGAUGAAGAGGUAGAAGCUUUACUGUGCCAAGAUCAAGUAACGAAUCAGACUGAAAUGUCAAGUGCAACUUUCCCCAGCAGCUCUCCCUGCACUCCAGGCACACCCACUGCUUUGCCAGACAAUGGCUAUCCACCAAGAAAACAAUCUACCCAAGAGUCAGAAGACUGCAAAAGCACUUGCCUAGGAAGCAACAGUACAAGGAAACAAAGGUGACAGGGAAUAAUGUGGUUCAUUAAGAAAGCCAAUUAAGGUGGAGAGAAGUGUAAGGUAAAAUCUCUCGUUCACACAACAUAUGACAGCACAAUUCAAAUCCUUUAUGUUAGCUGCAUAUAAUAUAUUUUCUUUCUUGCUUUGUAACAGGCAGGAUAAAUCCCAAAGACAACACUUUCUUCUUCCUGAACCCCAAGAGAAAGUAAUUAUUUCAAGCUGGAAGUCUAAUAUUCCCAAUGUCGGGAGUGGGCGCACAUAAAUUGCUGGCACCAUUCACUUUCUGUUGUCAUAUUGCCACAUUUGUCAAUAAUCAUCCUUUUCUGUUUGUUUGUUUUCAAAUGCAUAUCUGGUUCUAGUGGACUCUGGUGCAGCAGGAGAUGCUGUCAACCUUAUCCAACAACUUCAACUGAACACAGAAAAACUACUUGAAAAUAGUGGGGAUAAGUGUUAGCCUCAGAUUAUUUUCCUGUGUGGCAUGACCAUGGGGCAAAAACCUGUCUCUCUAACUGCAUUUGUAAGGUAAGGCUAGGUGAGAACCAGCAGCUCAAACCAAGGGGUCUGGAAGCCUUGCAUUUAUCUUAAGUCAUGUAGUCAGCUCUCAGUAGUGCUAGGGCAUAUUUCAUAUUGAAGUCCUCAAGCAAUAAGGUAGAAGUAGCCCACUGCAUUGCCAUAGUCAAUGUAUCUGACACUCAGAAAGCAGGGUCUCUACUUCAGGCCUGUGGGGAGGGAGAGACAGGAGGAAAGAGGGGUCGAGCCAAAUCAGUGACACAGCCCAUGGAAUGCUGUGGUUUGGAUCAUCUUACUUCCUUAGUCCUUCAGUAGCUAAUGAGGCUCAUAAUACUUUGCUUUAAUAUGUUAAAGUCUUGUUCCAAUUUUUGUACAGUGCCUUUUAAGAGUCUCGUAAGUAUGCCAACAUUUGGUGACUAGCUGGAAAGGAAAAGAUGAUUAAUGUCUUGAAGAGCAAUAAAAAAAAAGCCCCAAAGCUUUCCAUUGUGAUUCUGGGUAGAUUUUGCAUUUCCCAAUGCAUUCACAGUGAGAAAACAAAGGCAAGUUGUUUAAACUUGCAUCUAAAUAGCAUAGUUUGGAAUGUAUCUGCAAUCCCAAGAGGUAUUAACAAAGAUUAAACAUUGAAUGUAGGUAUAAUCCAUCACCAGGCAGUUUUUCUGUGUAGGACAGUUGAAGGCAAUUUAAUAGGAGUCUCUGUUUUUUGUGCAGUUUUCUUCCAUGUGUAAUAUCUGGAAUGGCACUGGACAGAUGACCCAGUUUUAGUGUCAAUUUAUUUUUUUGGUCAAAAUUACAGGAAAUACACACUGGGCAUAUGAAAACAGUUCAGUAAAGUUUCAACACUACAACCUAUUGCUACAUUGUAGUUUAUUGCACAUUCUGAUUAUUUUUUUAAACACUUUUUUAACACUGGUUUGUCUUAAACUUGAAUCUUGCCUCAAUGUCUGAUACAAUAAUCUUUGAUGCAAGGUUGGUUUUUUAAUUAAAAGUUAUUUCUAUA